AUCAGAGCUCCCUUGGAUUUUUAUGUCAAUAUACUACAGAAUACAUCGGCUAAAAGAUUAAUCCAAAAUGGCGGCGCACGUGGAAGAGAAAGACGUGAAUUGCAAACGUUCCAAAAUUGACGAUACUCCGGAUCAGACUUCUGUGCAGUCAACUAAAAAAAUAAAAAAGGACAAAGUUGAAAGUGAGGAUAGAGUAUCCAAAACACUGGAGAGUUUUGAUGGUUUUGAGGUGUUAAAAAUCCUCUAUAAAAAUCCACAAAAUAAAUCGGUGUUUCUCUACGGGAAAUUUCAAGGCAAUGAUGAUAAUGCAGUUGUGUUACUGGAAAAAACGCCUUUUCCCGUGUCAGCGCUGUCUACACUUUUAUCUGCCGAUGUUUCAUUGAAACCGCUCUUACAGAACGAUAUAUACAGUGUGUAUGAUGGACUCCCCAAGCAGGAUCUGGGCUUCAGUGGAAUCAAGACAACAGUAAUAUAUCCAGCAACAGAGCGUCACAUAGAGAAGUACACUGAUCAGGAUGUUGCCUUGAUUGAAGAAACCUGCGAUGAUUACUGCAACAUCACACUGCCUUAUCUUGAGGAACAGACCUUCAAAAUACAGUGGGUCUACAAUAUUUUGGAGAAGAAAGCAGAGGAGGUUGAGCGUAUUGUCUACGAGGAUCCAGACCAUCAGGAUGGCUUUGUCUUACUCCCAGACAUGAAAUGGGACAGGAAACAAAUGGAAAACCUGUACUUGGUUGCUAUCUGUCAUAGAAAGGGUAUCAAAAGCCUGAGAGACUUAAAUCAUCAACACCUGCCAUUGCUGAGAAAUAUUAGAGACAAGUGCCAGAAAGAAGUUCAAGAGAAAUAUUGCAUAGCAUCAGACCAACUCAGAUUAUACCUACACUACCAGCCCUCAUACUACCACCUUCAUGUCCAUGUGACUCACGUGAAAUUUGACGCUCCAGGGUCAGGGGUCACAAGAGCACACCUUCUGUCAGAUGUCAUUGAGAACAUAGAGCUCAUGCCUGAUUAUUACCAGCGGAAGACACUGACCUGCGUUCUCAGAGAGAAAGAUGGACUUUUGGCAAGGUUUAGGGAAGUGAGAGGCCAGAAGAAGUGAGACAACUUUAUUUGAUCUGACUUCUUAUAUGUUAGCGUUUCCAAUGUUGAAGCUGAAAAGAGGUUUUGAGUCUUAGACAUAAGCUGUACAAAUGAUGUAAGCCACGCUGGAUGUUAUAAGCAAGCCAUCUCUGGCAGUUGUGGAGUGAACUUAAAAUAAAAACCCAUUGUCUUUUGUUCCUAUUCUGAGAGUGUUUUAA